CCGGGCAGAGAUGAUGGAGCUCAAUGACCGCUUUGCCAGCUACAUCGAGAAGGUGCGCUUCCUGGAACAGCAGAACAAGGCACUGGCUGCUGAGCUGAACCAGCUGCGUGCCAAGGAGCCCACCAAGCUGGCUGACGUCUACCAGGCUGAGCUGCGUGAGCUGCGGCUGCGGCUUGAUCAACUCACCGCCAGCAACGCCCGGCUGGAGGUCGAGAGGGAUAAUCUGGCACAGGAACUGGGCACCCUGAGGCAGAAACUCCAGGAUGAAACCAACCUGAGGCUGGAGGCUGAGAACAACCUAGCUGCCUAUCGACAGGAGGCAGAUGAAGCCACCCUGGCCCGUCUGGAUCUGGAGAGAAAGGUUGAGUCUCUGGAGGAGGAAAUCCAGUUCUUGAGGAAGAUUCAUGAGGAGGAGUUGCGGGAGCUCCAGGAGCAGCUGGCUCGGCAGCAGGUCCACGUGGAGCUGGAUGUGGCCAAGCCGGAUCUCACAGCAGCCCUGAGAGAGAUCCGCACACAGUACGAGGCAGUGGCAUCCAGCAACAUGCACGAGGCGGAGGAGUGGUAUCGGUCCAAGUUUGCGGACCUGACAGAUGCCGCUGCCCGCAACGCGGAGCUGCUCCGUCAGGCCAAGCACGAAGCAAACGACUACCGGCGCCAGCUGCAGGCCUUGACCUGCGACCUGGAGUCCUUGCGUGGCACGAACGAGUCCCUGGAGAGGCAGAUGAGGGAGCAGGAGGAGCGCCACGCACGCGAGGCAGCCAGUUACCAGGAGGCGCUGGCCCGGCUGGAAGAGGAGGGGCAGAGCCUCAAGGACGAGAUGGCCCGCCACCUGCAGGAGUAUCAGGACCUGCUCAACAUCAAGCUGGCCCUGGACAUUGAGAUCGCCACCUACAGGAAGCUGCUGGAGGGCGAGGAGAACCGCAUCACCAUCCCUGUGCAGACCUUCUCCAACCUGCAGAUCCGAGGGGGCAAAGACACCAAAGAAGGGGAAGGCCACAAGGUCACAAGACAUCUCAAAAGCCUCACAGUACAAGUUAUACCAAUUCAGGCUCACCAGAUUGUAAAUGGAGCCCCGCCGGCUCUCGAAACUAGCCUGGACACCAAGUCCGUGUCAGAAGGCCACCUCAAGAGGAACAUCGUGGUGAAGACUGUGGAGAUGCGGGAUGGAGAGGUCAUUAAGGAGUCCAAGCAGGAGCACAAGGACGUGAUGUGAGGCAGGACCCACUUCAUGGCCCCUGCCCCAUAGCGGGAGAAGCCUGCAGCAGGAGACAGGAUAGUUGCCCCUCCUCUGACAGCGCAUUUUCCCAGACCUGAGUUCCUCUCCACCUCAGCUGCUCCCCUCCCUGCUCCGUCUCUAUGCCAGCUUACUGCCCUAGGUUCCAUCAGCAUUAGGCCUGCCAGACAGCACCCACCCUGCUCCCAGUAACUUCAACUAACAGGGCACUCACCCCAAAGGGGCAGCCUGGAGGGGCAUGGCCAGCAGCUUGAGUUAGAACUGGGAGGAGAGAAGCUGGGGAGGGCCUGGGACCUAAUAAAUCACCCUCCAUA